UCCCGGUCAGGCGGGCGCGGGGCUCGCCCCGCCCCGGUCGCUGCUCGCGCUUCCGGUGGCGGGGGGACACGUGGCCGCGGGCCGGGACCGGCGGCUUCCGCGGGCGGCGAGGGGGUGAGGAGCAUGCUGUCCCUCCUGGUCAGGGCCGCCGCCACGGCCGCCCCGCUGCGCUCGCUGUGCCGCUCGUCCUUGUGCUCGCUGGCUCCGUGGGGACGGGCGGCGGGGCUGCCCGCGGCGUGUGCUCGCUGGGCCCCUCAGCCCUGGCGGGCGCCCCGCGGGCUGCUGGCCGCGCCGCCGCCGCCCGGGCCGCCGCUGCUGGCCGGGCUGAAGACGAAGACGGUGCUGAAGAGGCGCUGCAAGGACUGCUACAUCGUCCGGCGGCGUGGGCGGCUCUACGUGUGCUGCAAGAGCAACCCCCGGCACAAGCAGCGCAAGGGGUAGCGCCGGGCCGGAGCCGCAGGGCACAGAGCCGGAGCCGUGUUCGGCUGCCGGGCCCGGAGCCCCCGCUGGCCGUGUCCCUGUCACCGGGCUGCCCCCGGGCUGCGGGAGCUGGGGACAGAGUUUCGUCUUUGGAACACCUGGGGCGAGGUGCGGUUUGACGGCCCUUGCCGGAAUUUCAGGCCUUGGAUGCGGAGAACUGAAGUGGGAAACAGCGGCCUUCAGGACCUCUUGUCAUCUUAGGCGUCAAGCCUUAAAAUCACUGCGCUGUUAAAUUAGUAAGGGUGAAGCUGUAUGGCUGGACUCUGAGGUGCAUUUGGGUUUAACUAAACAAAAAUGAAAAUAAAUGCCACUGAUGUUAAUUUUUACUACA